ACGACGUCCACUACUAUUAUCAAAUUUUAUGUAACUUGACAUUAUUUAUGUAAAAUCACGAGUGACGACAAGAAAAUAAAGUAAUUUUCUAAUGUCCUUUGGGCAUUCGUAUAAAUGGCUAAGCUUUGACGUUAAAAAUUGUGAGACAAGAGGUUCUUGAUUAUAGUUUUCGAUCGGAUUGAAAAAAGUGUCAAAUCCCAGCUAACCACAAAAGUAGUUAGCUCUUCCAGAAUCCACUUUAAUUGACAAGGUUAUAUUAUUUGAUAAAUUAGAUCGCACCGAGCAUGGGCUCUGGUCAAAGUACCCGAAAGUUAACCAUCACGAACGAUGAGGAACUCGACGUUAUUCAUAUUUCGGAAGGAGUAGUAAAACGUCUUGCUCAAGGAGUUGCUAAUCCUAAGACGGAAACUCCGUCCCCGAAGGAAGUGAAAACUGGCCGACAGUGGGAAUCUAGUUCCGUUAAACAAAACGAAAAACCCGAAGAAAUUUACGGACAGCCUACUCCUCCUCCUUCUAGAUCUUAUAAUGUUAAUCCGGUUCAAAGUAAUCCCGAAUACACAAUAUCGGCUCUCAAAAUGCAGCAGCUAAAGGAGGAAGAACUUAGGGAUCAAAAUAUUUAUUGGCAGAGACGUAUGCAAAAUUUGAAAGAGAAUCAUGCAAAAAUUGAUAAAAUUUUGGAAACCGAAUAUCAACGAGCCGUCGAUCAAGUUGCUGCUGCUCAAGGCAAAAAGAAGAUCGAUGUGAGUUCUGUAGUGCCGCCAUGUAUAGAGAACAAGGAAAAAGUACUUCGUUGUUACCAGGAUCAUCCCAAAGAGAUCUUGAAGUGUUCGAGCCUAGUGGAAGAGUUCAGCAACUGCGUAGACCAGCGACGCGCCGGCUUGAUAGCGGCACGUUGCUAGUAUAAAAGUCGGUAAAUGGAAUGUUGCUGAAAAGAGGAAUUUGAUGUUCCUUUGUUGGAAUAAUGAUGAUAUAUUAGUUGUCUAUCGAGUACAGACUACACAAUGAUGUAUAGGAAAUAAAUAUUUAUUUUAUUAUCUGCGCGCGAUAUAAUAACAAUGUUGUUGCCAAACAUGGCAAGCGCAGAUGGAUACUCAACGAGGACAAGUACUUGAAUAAACCAAGAAGAAAAGGUCAAAGUUAUGUACAGCAACUUCUAAUAAAAUCUCGAUUGUUGUAUGAGAA